AUUUUCUUAUUACUUUAAAAUACAGGUCUGUGGCCCAUCAACGUUUUUAACAAUGUGGUUGUAGCAUGAGUAGUUGUUACUAAAUUUAGAUGAGUUGAUUCUUGCCACUCGUAACAGAUUUGUUGGUCUAUAAGCUUGUAACAAAUUUUUGCUAUGUCUUCAUCAACUGGCAAUGGCUCUACAACUAGUGGUUUCUACCGUGCCGGAGAUGGUCAUUUAUGUACCCUUGAGAAUUGUGCCCUAAGAACAAGUCGAAAAACUGGUAACUAUGGAAGAAGAUUCGUUGGUUGUAGUCAAUUUAAUGUUGGUCCCAAAUGUGGCUUCUUUCAGUGGGUGGAUAACGAAACUUGUAAGAGUGACCGUGAAAGGAUAAGUAUGCUUGAGAAUGAAUUGCAGCUUGCAAAUCAGAGAGAAAUGACAACUAAGGAAAUGGAAGAAAUAUGUAACCAGAGGGAAAGAGAAACUCAUGAGCUUUAUGUAGAAAUUAGAGAAAAACUUAAGAGAGUUAGAGAGAGUGAGAGAUUGUACAAGAUGGCAUUAGUUUUGUCAUGGUUAUUUUUCAUUUUUGUAAUGUUGUUGUUGUGUUUUGCCUCAGUGAACAAUAAUGUAAGAGCGAGGAACCUUAAUCUGCCAUGAUGCUUGGUGGGAUGUUGAAAUGUU